UGUUGUAUCUACGGUAGCGACUUUGACUGCUUCCGGUUGUGUUCCAAGGACAAGCAAACCACCGUCGAAAUGUUACGUUCGCUGGUUUCACGCUCAAGAACAUUGGUCAAGGCCGGUGCCUUGAUAGCUAGACAAAAUCCUAUAGCUGUAACCAGUGUAAGAGCAUACAGUGUAGCUGAUGAUUACUUAGCAUCUAACAAAGAAUUGUUAAAGAUGAUUCAAGAGGGAACAUCUGAUGGGUAUGAGCUUAGAGAAUUCCUCACGGAAAUGCAGGGUGAUGACUAUGUACCCGGAUCUGAAGAGGUGUCUAACCUGAUGAGGGCCUGCAGAAAACUUAAUGACUAUGGUCUCGCCAUCCGUGUAUUGGAGGCUGUCAAGUUCAAGUGUGGCACUGACACAGUCCUAUGGAACAACCUUCAGGCCGCUAUCCAGCCUACCUUGACUGAGCUGGGUAUUGCCUCCCUCGAACAGAUGGGAUACGACAAGCCCGAGUUGUACUACCCUGAGCCCGAUGAUGUACACAACUAUGAUAGUAAAGGAAGGUCUCUUGACUAACUGUGCUAGUUAACCGCCAUUUUGUAUUUAUAUUUUGCCAAGUCAUUUGUCAGCAAAAGAAGAAAGCAAGUUACAGAACAGUUAUAGACUUCUAGUGGAAGAUUGUUUUUUGUGAUAAUAUAAUUUUUAAAGAUAAUUGGUUAACUUUGUUACAAACAUUGAAUAAAAAAGUGAAAUAACAGUAUGGUGAAGUUUGAAGUAGUGUGUCGUUUGAAUCAUUAAUAAAUAUGCUAAAAAGUC